AUGGAAAUAUUAAAAGAUGUUGGGUUGAAUGAACGUCUUACGGAAACAUUGGUAGAAAUUUUAAAAGAGAAUCCCUAUGGCCAGUUUUUUAGAAGCCUAAAAGAUCUCCCGUCGAUUGAAGAUGCUCACAUACAUCUUGCUACGGAUGUACAAGUUGAUCAACGUAUCUAUAACUUACCUGGAGUGGAUCAAGUAGCUGCUAUUUGUAUUGAAGGAAACGAUAAUAACAUUCCAUUUAAAAGAGACAUUGUGUUGCAUGCACAUUCUGGAAAACGACACAGAAUACAACAUUAUUUUAGUUGUUAUGAUUCACUCCAAUAUCCUUUACUUUUUCCAAAUGGAGAGGCUCGCUGGCAUCAAGACAUUAAAAGGAAUGUAAAGCAAAAUGAUGACAAUAGAUUGAUAUCCAUAGAAGGAACAUCCAAUAUUCGACAACUUAACAACAUCGAGGAUAUCAUGAAGAGUGAAAAUCAAGYUGGAAGAUUAUUCCAACAAUAUGUUGUUGAUAUGUACAUAAAACUUGAAACAACUAGACUUGAUUUCUACAAAAAGCAACAAUCACACAUUCGAUCGGAGUUGUAUCAAGGAAUUGUUGAUGUUGUAAAUGCAGGAGAAACAAGAGGAGACAAGGUUGGGAAGCGUGUUGUUCUUCCUUCGACAUUUAUAGGUGGGCCACGAGAUAUGCGUCGUCGCUAUCUAGAUGCAAUGACCUUGGUACAACAUUUUGGGAAGCCUGAUCUUUUCAUAACAAUGACAUGUAAUACCGAAUGGAAAGAAAUAAGAGAAGAAUUAAUAGAAGGACAACUUUCUCAAGAUAGGCCAGAUCUAACUUCAAGAGUUUUCAGAGGAAAAUUGAUGGACCUUAAAAAUCAAAUUGUGCAGAAAGAAAUAUUUGGAAAAGUUGCAGCUUUUGUAUAUGUUAUUGAAUUUCAGAAACGUGGUCUCCCACACAUGCAUAUGUUGAUUAUAUUGAAAAAAGAUUUCAAAAUCACAAAUGUUGACCUGUAUGACAACUACGUUAGUGCAUAA